UUAUUUUAAUAUGAGCAUUGUAAAAACCUAAUUGAAUGUGAUGGACUGUUGUGUUAAUAUUAAACAAUCUCAAUCAGUUUUACUGUGAUAACAGUAACUCUUCACGCCAAUACCAAGUCGUUUUUCUAAUGUUUUUUUUUUAAUUUUAAAAAUGACCUAUAAAGGACAGUUUUAAACAAAUAUAAAAGAUUAAAUAUAAUGUACUGACAUACAAAAGCUAUUUCAUGAUUAAGCAUUCGACUGGACGGAUGCGCAGUACAACAACAUUCAUGGCGUCGUUUGUCAAGUUUUUAAUUGUUUAGUUUCAAUUUUUUUAGCUAGAUUUAAAGACUGGCAGAUGUGUUUUGGUGCACAGACUUGGCAACCCUGCUUCUGUAUCGUGCUCACAUGUAGCCUUCAUUAGCUGAGCGUCAGAUCACAUUGUGCCACACUCAAAGUUAUAAAACAAUAACUACAAUGCCUACACAAAGUGUACCGAUCCGAGACCCGGCUUUACUAACCAGGUUACUACAGCAGUAUUUACACUUGUUAAAGAAAUAUCCGAUCAUCACCAAAUCUGUUACAAGUGCCAUUCUGUCUUCAAUGGGAAACCUGCUUUCGCAAGCUCUAGAAUCUAAGAAAAAACUUAAAGAAGGUCAGUCUAGGAAAGAAGUGGACAUUUAUGGACCCAUCCGCUUUGCUGUAUAUGGACUUGUCAUCACAGGUCCACUGAGUCAUUUCUUCUACCAGCUUCUGGAGCUGCUGUUUCCAGCCUCGGCUCCAUACUCCACGUUGAAGCGCCUCCUCCUGGAGCGACUCGUCUUUGCCCCCGCUUUUCUCUUCCUCUUCUUUGCAGUGAUGAACAUUUUGGAGGGGAAGACAAACGCAGACUUGCAGGAUAAGCUGAAAGCAAGAUACUGGCCUGCUCUCAAGAUGAACUGGAAAGUCUGGACACCAUUUCAGUUCAUCAACAUCAACUAUGUGCCUGUGCAGUUUCGGGUGCUGUUUGCCAACCUAAUCGCCUUGUUCUGGAAUGCAUACCUCACAUCUGUCAGGAAAUGAAACCCCAGUGUUAAUGUUAAAGGAUGGUUACAUAUGUCAUUACCAAUGAAGCCAGUGUGUGCCUUUUAAAAGACAUUGUACUAGAACCAGUAUGACUUUCCAAUUAACUGUUUGGACUGUAGGAAGAGGAACUAGAAGAUGGCUUCUUCAAAAGAUACACUUCUUUAUGAAAGAACAUAACACAUACUAACAUUGCCAAAAUCUAAUUCAAAAUGUCUUCGGCUGAGGUGCAACAGUAAUGAAACCAGAUUAUUAUUAACAAGGGGAUGAAACAGUAUUGUUUAAUACACGCUUUUAUGCAUUUCACAGCAAACAUUUGUGUAGUGAAAGAAAAUAAUAGUGGAUUUUGAUGAUGAUAAUAAUAAUAGUUAAUAAUAAUAAUAAUAAUAAUAAUAGUUAGAAUAAUUAGAAUAUUUAAUAAAUAUAAUAUAAUAAAUAAUAUUCUGCCUAGUAUUGGUCAACACUAAUUUUAGCAUUGUACAUUGUAGUACUAUGCUUUUGUAGGAUGUUUAAUAAAAAUAUUAGGCUUGCUACUGGAGAAAAUUAGCUUGGAGUUUGCUACUGAAGAAAAUUGUCCUAACAAAGUGCUGUUAAAUUCUCAAUUCUGAUCAGAAUUCUGGUUAGAAGGUCUUGUUUCUUUGUCUACAAUGGCAGCUUUAACUUUAAUUAAGUCUUGGAGGCAAAUCCAAAGGUUAAUAUUAAUGCGCUCAUUCUUAUACAGAUAAACAGAUUUGAUGAUCAUGAUGUGCCAUUGUUUAAAAAAGAAAAAAAUUGUAACUUUGUUGAGAAAGACAUGAUCGUCCUCUAGUUUUAGCCUAAUGAAAGAAUGAAUGUUAAAUGAUAACAGGAUUUGUCCUUUUUGUUUGUUUUUGGCUAUUUCACCACAUUAAAUGUAACUAAAUUGUUAAAAAAAAAAAAAAAAAAAAGUAUGACAUCAUUUAAGAAAUAAAAACUAAUUACUGAGAGAUUCCUGGGGUGCUGGAGAAAAAAACCCUCUGUAGGUUGUCUGUAGUUAUGUGGAUUGAGUUUAUGAUAAGCCCCCCCCAUUUUUUUCUGAGUGACAACCGUUGGUGCCUACAUGUGGAGGUUUAACUUUAUGUAAAUAUGGAGCUACUUGGUACAGCGAUUAGCUCUGGCAGUUAAGGCAGUUGAGUGUAAACUACCUUUUCAUCUCGUAUGAUAUGAUGCUGAUAUACAGCGGUGAAUUUUAUUCGAAAAUGUUUCAUUUUAGUGACAACGAAUACUGAUUUGAUGUCAAGUGGAAUGCUAGUUUAUAGCCUGUCCAGGAAGCUUCUUGUUCUCUCUAUGACCACAAGAGGUCACACACUUCCUGCCCUGUAAAGUCCUGUGCAGUUUUAGUGCCACUUCCACAGCACAGUUGUUGACUUUUGAACCUCCAAUUAAUAGAUUACCUGAUGUUAACUCUCAAACACUUCCUCAUAUACAUAGUGAUAGAAGAAACGAAGCAUUUCGAAGCCUCGAAUCAACUGAAUCAAUUGCAUCGCAAAAUGAUUCAGUUUCGAAGCUUUAGAAACACCACACGCUGGAGACACCUACUGGAAAAAUAGUGUAAUGGCAAAGAGAUCUAGGCCCAAACAUAUUGACACCUUUUACAAAACAAUUUCAAAUAUCUUCACAACAGUGUAAUGUUUCAAUAUAAUUUGCAAAUCAUUAAAUAAUAUGAAAUUUA